CACACACACACACACACAUAUAUAUAUAACUGUCCUGAUGCAUUUCCUCCUUGGAUCAAACCCCUCCAGCUCCAUCGUGACUGCAUCACAGCUGAGUGGAUCUCGGGGUCCAUUUGCGUCGCCAGUGCGUUGCAGCUUUAACCGGUCCAUCAUGCCUUGCGGUGUCCCAGUUCAGUUCCGACGCAAUUAACAACAAGCUCAGUGGUCUCCCUCAGUGCUGGUGGGGCAGAGCAGCAGCAGCUAACAGGCUCACAGGCAGAUGCUCAGAGCCUCAUGUCGGAUGUCCAGUAACCGGACGGACGCAUGUUUACAUCCACACGGGUUGCAGAGGCGAGGAGGAGCACACGCCGCGGAAUAAACCGGAUCUCCCGCAUGUAGCCCGCAAAACAUGCAAAGGAAAGUACCGGAUUUAAUCCCGGAGAGAAACACUGAGGCUACAGCACAACAGGAGAGUUUCAAAUGCUCAGACACUCACUGAUCUGCUGCAGAAAACAGGAUGGACAGUUGAACAUUAUUUGCACCCUCUUGUGGUGUGGAGGAAUGAGGGCCUCUGAAUGAAGGCCAUGGAGCUGAAAGUGUGGGUGGAUGGAGUGCAGCGCAUCGUGUGCGGGGUCACAGAGUUCACCACAUGCCAGGAAGUGGUCAUUGCAUUGGCACAAGCCAUUGGGCGCACCGGCAGGUACACUUUGAUUGAGAAAUGGCGUGAGACAGAGCGUCACCUGGCUCCGCAUGAGAACCCUGUGGUAUCCCUCAACAAGUGGGGUCAGUAUGCCAGCGACGUCCAGCUCAUCCUCCAACGAACCGGCCCGUCUGUUAGCGAGCGGCCCACCUCUGACGGGCAGGCUCGCGUCCCAGAGCGUGGUUUCUACCGGCAGAGCCUGCCACCUCUGGCCAAGCUCCGCCCGUCAGGGACAGACCGCUCGCUCAAACGAAGGGAACCCAAACGCAAGUCUCUGACCUUCACUGGAGGGGCCAGGGGCCUGAGGGACAUAUUUGGGAAAAGCAGAGAUGCUGAAGCCAAACAGGCCCAGCAGCAGGGUGUGAGUCUGAACCUCAGCAGGGUUGGAGGUGUUGGAGUAGCAUCUGUACCUGGGAGUCCAGCCAGAGAGCUGAGCCGGCUGGUGCAGCUGCAGAGAGACAAACUCCAGGCCCUGGAGAGCCGUCUGCUGGGCUGCGAGGCCGAGCUGCGAGACUGCGAGGAGGCCGGCAGCGAAGCCAACGAAAGAGGAAACUUGGAGGAGGAGCUGCUGCUUUUAGAGCAGCAGGUGAGAAGGAAUGAUGCAGAGAUGGAGGAGGAGGAAUUCUGGCAGAACGAGCUGCAGAUCGAGCACGAGAGCGAGCGGCAACUCCGGCAACAGCUAGUCGAGCUGCAGGGCCGUGUGCGCGACUGCGAGGCCAAGCUUGCAGAGUACCUGGCACACAUACAGAGCAUGGAGGGAGGCCUGGAGCAGGAGCGGCAGCAGCAGGAGGCUGAGCUCAACCAGAGGGUCAAUGAGGAGGAGGUGCAAGCGCAGCUGGAGAAAGUGAAGGCAGAGCUUGAAAUGCAGAGCCAACACACAGCGCUGCUGGAGAGCAGCUGCAGGGCGCUGGAACGCUCACUUGGCCAGUCCAGCAAGAGAUUACAGGAGAAGGAGCAGGAGCUGGAGCAGCUGACAAAAGAGCUUCGACAGGUCAACUUGCAGCAGUUCAUUCAGCAAACUGGUACCAAGGUCACCGUGCUGCCUGCUCAACCUACAGGAGAUACCAACGAAGUGGACUCUGGCUCUCUGAAACGACUUGGCUCUUCUCGUCUUUUACCCAGCGACCUUCGCACCCUCCAGAGCACCAUGUCCUCCAGCCUCAAUCCUGAAGGCAUCUACGUGUGACCUCAAUCUGUGCAGAAGAUGUUAUUUGAGCUGCAGGGACAGCCUGAUGUUACAGGGAUUGUACCCGUGACUUCCAGGCCAAAAGGAUUGACUCCCUAAACUGCAGAAAUGCUCCUGAAACAAAGUCUAGAGGAUGGUGGCAAAAACAUUUCAUGAAGGAUGAUCACAAAAAAACAAUUUUACAUCAGUUUUGCAUCUUUCCUGCUCUGCCUCCUCUUCUAUCUCACCAAGACUUGAACUGAUGUCAGUAUCCAUUUGCUAACUAACAUUUCAUCUCUGUUUUCUCAUAAUUAAAGAAAAAGCCAGCAGAUGUAUUUUUGUUGCCCGAGGAGGCUUCAGCCAAACAGUGCAAAUAAACUUUAUUUUCAUGUUGUCAAUCAUGAAAAUUUGGACACGUAAACACAGUCCAUGCACGAGCAUGCACAAUACUCAGACGCCACACCUGUGCAUAGCCAUAUCUGAUUGCCUUACUCUGGUGUUUUAAAACCAGAUGUCAAUAAACGGAACUCAAGGUAGCUGCUGAACUAUGCGCCAUAUGAAUUUGAUAAAACACUUGGCACCAAUUCAGGUGAUACCUAGUCAUGGUAACUGAUGUCAGUCUAACUUUGGCUCAAUGCUUUUCUUUCACAUAUGUUUGGAUUUAUUGAUUUUAACUGAAAGCUUGCUUCAUAUUUCCUGUGUUUGACACAAAUGUUUGCCUUUCAUAUAAAGUAAACAACAGAGGAGACAAUGGAUGGAGGAGCAUCAUCAACUGUUGGACUUUUUUUGGUGAAAUAUUUUGGCCCUGUGUUCAGCUUUAUGUCAAAUUUGGUGCAGAGCCAUUAAUCUCCUCUUUGUUUCACAUAAUCACUUUCUCCAAAAGCUCUGAAAUGUGAACGCAGCGAUGAGUGAUGACAGAGGCCUUUGUGCCUGCAGUGCAAAUCCAGCUCGGAAACUUUGCCAACAAUGACCUCAUAUCCAGUAUGACCACCAGGUGGCGACAAAACAUCUAUUAUUCAGACAGGGGAAAGUUAACUGUGAAAGUUUCUCCUGCUCUGAUGUUAUCCGUCUUUCUUCAUUUUGUCAAACAUGACUGUGUAUUUUGGGGUUUUUUUUUCUGACAAAGCCUCAGCACUUUAGCUUUCAGUGUGUAAUUUAUCUGAGGUGCCACUUUAAUCAUUUGACAUGUUUCACUGUGUUCAUCCAGCAGGGAAACACACAAACAAAACACUCCCCAAAAAAUACCCACAAACUGUUCUCCCAUCUGAAUUUCAGUGAACUAAAGAUGUCUCAUAUGAACCAAAGCUAGUGUGAAAAACUAUAAUAGUUAGAUGAAUGUACUUGUUUUCUAUGAAUGCAACUUAUGCCCGUGAAGUACGUCAACUUGAGUCAAAUAAUAGUUUUCAGUUUUCAUGGUUUGCUGUCGUUCGGUGCCAGAUGGUCGAGCUCUGUCUUGUUGAAAGUUGACAAAGAAGAAGUUGACAAUGAAACUCAGACAGCUUCUCUUCUCUUCCCGUCUGCAAUUCCACAAGUCUGAUUGUUACUGCAUUUACCAAUUUCUGGUUGAUAAUUUCUCACCACAAAAUAAAAGGAGAUUGCUCACUGAGUUUCUGGGGUGAAAGUGACACAGAUUGUGUGGGAAUAAACUGGCUCAAAUCUGAGUCAAUAAGACUUGGACUUGAAAUAAUUUCAAAGUCUGUGGUUGUAUGUAAACCUGUGAAAAAAGAAAAUUGUGACUAAGUGAAGAUGAUUUGCGGUAAUGAUACUGUCGAAAUAAUGUUUGGACAAAUGUCAAAUUUCAGCUUUAAAUUUGUGCCUGCAGUAUUUUUAGUUCAAUAAAUUGCACUGUAUUCUGAAAUGGGUAAUUUUACAUAGUACUUUUUCAUUGGUACUUUAUGAGCAUUUGAUGCUAAUGAUUUUGUAACUUUGCAAUACUGUGGUAACUUUACUUUAAGAAAAAAAUCGCCUAGAAAAGUAGCCUACUUCCCUCACCUAUGACAAAUUUUGUGCACACAUUCUCAUAAUUUUCUACAUCUACAAAUCUUUUCUGCCCAUUCACAGACUUUAAUUUGAUAUGCACAGUUUACUCGCAGGUUUGCAAAGCGUGAUACACAACCACGAGCUCUGAAAUCAUUUCACAGGCUCAAUAUCUUAUUGACUCGUAUUUUUGAGCCGUUAAGAAGAAGCCUGUAUUUGUGCUGUGAGCGUACGAUACCUCCCUCCGGUGUGAAGGAUCUUCGCUGUUUGCUCUGCGGUGCAAAGGUAACUGGAGAAACUUCACAUCACAAGUUGGCAAACUAUUCUCAGAAAUUGUUCAGUGACAAGUUUUUUUCUCUUCCCUCCUCCUCGCUCAGUAUGCAGUAUUAUCGUCAUGGCAACAACUUCAGCUGUGACACAGAGACUGUAACCCGCUAAUAAAGGAAUCACUCUCGCUGACUGAAAGUUUUGAAUAAUGGCAUGCCUUACUGGGAAAAAAACUGUAAAUAAUGUCUACAUAUCAAAUCAGUCUAUGGACUUUUUUUAAAAAGUAGAUUGAAAUAUGCAGAGUGCUAGAGAGGUUAGAUUUUAAUGCUGCCAUUCAAUAGGCAGCUCUGUGUGCAUGCAAAAAUGUGUGAUUGGUUUAUUUAGACUCCCAAUUAGUGGUGACAAACUAAGGAUGCAGCAAUUCAUCUGAGAAUCAUUACAUUUUGUUGUGUCCCUUUUUGCCUUGUUGACAUUUACACUGGUGGAGUUUUGAGCUUUGGUAAAGAGCAGACAGCUCAGUGUGUGCUAGCAGAAAAAAAUGGCAAAAACCUGCACAUUAUUUUCUCGCCUUUUCAUUUCCCUUCUGGCAAAAACAACAUCUCUGGAUGUAAAAGAGAUCCGUGUUGCAUCGAAACAUGACAGUAUGUUUACAGACAUUGCCAAUGAUUAGUUUCUGUGGUGCCAUCAAUGGUGCUUUUCAAUAACAGAGCAUGUGAUGAGAUGAUGGAGCCAUUAUGGAGACAGCCAUCAAGUGGUUUUGAAAGCUGAUGUGGAAACGCUGCGGCUCAGGGAUAUUUCAAGACACAGAAUUACCCAGACAAGAAUGGGCAGAAAGUAAUUAUGGAUGAAUGCUGUUCAUGAUGUCUCGAGCCAUUUGACAAGUUCAAUCGUGUAUUUGCUCUCGUGGGGACUUGAGCAGCUGUUUGACAGAUUUAACAGUGUAGCACUGGCUCCUCGAUACAGCACGACAAAUGUAGCCAGUACUGAGAGAGAUGUAGAUUCAUUUGAAAAGUAAAGUGUUUGGUUGGCGAACGACUCACGUUAAAGCUAAAGCUCGAUGUGAAUCAUGAAUUAGAUGAACCGUGCAUGGCUAACUUCACUGACUUGCGUUAACUCAACAUUAAGACGAAUGAUUUUGUAUUAAAUGCUAUAAUUUUGUAUCGUUUACUCACAAAUUAACCAACUGUAUUUUUUUUAAGCUUUCAGAGUUUAACAGAUUUUUUUUCUCGGGUUCAUCAUUCAGCCGCAUAUGUAUGAAAGACAUAGAAAUCAAGUUCAAGAAUAAUGUAAAAUAUAUAAAUAAAUGAAUAAAAUAUAUUUAAAAACAUGCCAGAAAUGA